ACAGGAUGGUUGUUUCCAGGCCAAUGAACCUAGAUAAAGUCUACCACCAGCACUACAUGUGAAAAUGUUUAGAAUAAUUGGAAGGAAGAUAAGUGGGGUGUUUUUUUUCUUUCUGAAUUUGCUGAAACGAGCAUUAUGUUGUUUACGACUACGGAGAAGAAAGCUCUCCAAAUCGCUCCUUCCUAUAUCAAAUGCAGAUCUAGAGCAUAUAUCUGUGCCCAUGGGAUUUUCCGGACCCCCUGGAGAAGAUACUUUGGAGGAGCAAGUCAGUUGGGAAAACUGGGGUAUAACAUCUGUAUCCCAUUCUCAAGAAAUGCAAACACAAGAUGCACAUACAAAUAAUUUAAUAUCGGGGGGAAAAUACAGCAGCACUAAAAUGCAACCAGCACCAGAAUUGGAAGAAGAGCCCAAUUUUUUCGAAAAUAUGACACCGAGUGUUAGACGACCAAAGAAGGUUUUAAUUCAUAAAAAAGAAGAGUUGGCACCUAGAGAUGAUGCACCAAAUAGGUUACAGAUGGAUGCUAUAUCUGGCCUACCUGCUCAGGGGCCUGAGCUAGGAGCGUGGGUGGAGAGCAAUAAUCUGUGGGAGGAUGACACUGAUGAAGUUUCGUGGGACGCAGAUGCUGUCAUUAGGGAGAAACGCAAGCAAGAGCGUGAGCGGAGGCUUGCUGAACAUGUGCGCAAGAAGCAGGACCACCAUGCAAAGAAACAAGCAACUAGUCUCAGCAAGAUGGUAAGGUGAAAUCUGUCAGAUGAUGUGUGAGAGCACCAGAUAGGUUUGGGUUAAUUCAAAGUGGAGUUGUGAUUGAAUGGAUGUUAUCAUUUCAGGUUCUCGAUUAUAUGUAAAAAAAAAAUCUGAUGAUCUCACUCAUCUUCAUUAGUUGCUGUAACAUUCAUUCUUUUUCAAAGAUUAACAAGGUAAUGGUAGUAUGCUUUCAUUUAUGCUGCCAGUAUUUGAUUCUAAAGAAAAUGCAGCAUUAGGAACCAGGUUUCACAAAUUGGAAUUAAUUGGUUGAAUGGAAUCUAUUUAAAACUACCUAGAUGUGUAGCAUACACAGCCUAGUCUUUUUGAACAGCGUUCAGGGCAGUAGGCUGAGCAAAUUCCUAGGUGGGGGGGGGGGCAGUGGCAGAUCCAGGAUUUCAAGGAGGGGGUGAGAAA